AUGGCAAAGAGAUUCCUUGCCAAUCACGGUCUUGCAAACAACAAAGCCAUCACCGCAGAUUUUCGUCGCGACUUACAACAACUGAUAGCCAAGGCCGAACUUGCAUCUCAAAAAGAUACGGAACUAGUGAAACUGCGGCGUGAGAACUCGCAGCUCAUGACAGAGGUUUUCAGGAACCGAGUCCGCUCAGAGUCCCAACAAUCCCAGCAAUCCCAGCAAUCUCAGCAAUCUCAGCAAUCUCAGCACAGUCCAGUCUACAGUGCACAGCAAGCUGCUUCCGCUACUCCGAGUUGUCCUCCCAGCAGGACUGAAAUCUCGAAAUUGGAUGUGUCAGACAAAUCCUGGGAUCGAAUCAUAAGUGAGGCUUUCUGA